AAGCGGCACACGGCCCGGCCCCCUCCCGCACCGUGUGACAGCCCUGCAGACGGGAGCGGUGAAGCAGAGGUGACCUCCCCGUGUACCGGAGCGCGAUUCGCGGGCGGAUCUGAUCGACAGCGCAGAUAUGGUGAGCCGAGCUGCUUCGUCCCGUCCUUCCAAGUGUGACCCCAUCCGAGUGCUGGUGACCGGCGCCGCCGGCCAGAUCGCCUACUCCCUGCUCUACAGCAUCGCCAAGGGCGACGUCUUCGGUAAGGACCAGCCUAUCAUCCUCCUGCUCCUGGACAUCUCGCCCAUGCUGCCCGUGCUGGACGGCGUCGUCAUGGAGCUGCAGGACUGUGCCCUCCCGCUUCUGAAAGAGGUUGUCCCAACUGACAAGGAGGAAGUGGCCUUCAAGGACUUGGACGCCGCCAUUCUGGUGGGUUCCAUGCCCCGGAAAGAGGGCAUGGAGAGGAAGGACCUGCUGAAGGCCAACGUGAGUAUCUUCAAGUCCCAGGGGGCGGCGCUGGACAAGUACGCCAAGAAGACGGUGAAGGUCCUGGUGGUCGGAAAUCCAGCCAACACCAACUGCCUGAUCGCCGCCAAGUCGGCCCCCUCCAUCCCCAAGGAGAACUUCUCCUGCCUGACCCGUCUGGACCACAACCGCGCCGCCUCCCAGGUGGCGAUGCGCGUCGGCGUCCCCACGGACAACGUGAAGAACGUCAUCAUCUGGGGGAACCACUCGUCCACUCAGUACCCGGACGUCCACCACGCCAAGGUGACGGUGAGCGGGACGGAGAUGGACGUGUUUGACGCCGUGAAGGACGACGAAUGGCUCAAGGGCGACUUCAUCUCUACUGUGCAGCAGCGUGGAGGUGCCGUCAUCAAGGCCAGGAAGCUCUCAAGUGCCAUGUCUGCCGCCAAGGCUAUCUGUGACCACAUGAGGGACAUCUGGUUUGGGACCCCAGAGGGUCAUUUUGUGUCCAUGGGCGUCUACUCCAAUGGGAAACCCUACAGCGUCCCCGACGACCUCAUCUACUCUUUCCCCGUGGUGAUCAAGGACAAGGCCUGGAAGAUCGUAACCGGGCUGCAGAUAAACGACUUCUCGCGAGAGAAGAUGGACGCGACGGCCACCGAGCUGGUGGAAGAGAGGGACACGGCCGUCUCGUUCCUGGGGGCGUGACCGGCACCCCGGCGGGAGCGGCGAGUGUCUCGGCACCCGGAGCCCCCGGAAACCCCUUGACUCCCGUCACUGAUCGACCCCCGAGCGCCGGGGUGUCGCGCCUUUCAUAGCGAGAACACAUAACGUACCGAAUCGGCCAGGAUUCUCACUGGGAGCGUCACCGUAGUGCGGGCCGGAUGCCUGUUGUCCAUCGCUAGUCCUUCACUAGUCCAUCGAUAGUCGUGUCGUCCUUUCAGUGGCUGCAUAUUGAGCUCAACCAAUAAACUCAACACUC